AUGGCUGCAAGCGUACCACCAGACAGCCUCCAAUCAGAAGAGAUGCCAUCACUAGUAUCCCAGGAAACAAAUGCGGAAAAGCAAGACUACAACUCCAAGUAUUGGCACCUAAAAUUCAGAGAGUUUAGUCCCUCAGAGGGGUCCGAUCCCAUCCAGGUUCUGAAGCGGAUGUCUGAGCUAUGCUUUAUGUGGUUGAGACCGGACCUGCAUAGCAAGGAGGAGAUCCUGGACCAGCUAGUGCUGGAGAAGUUUAUGAUCUCUGUGGGGCCAGAGCUGCAGGCCAUAGUGAUAGAGAACGGAGUGAAGAGCUGCAAAGAACUGGAGAAACUACUGAGGAGCGGCGGGAAGCCGCGCCAAUGGUCCAUAAUCCACUCCCAAGGACAAAUGUACCUCUUUCGGCAUCCCGGUACUGAGAAUGCUGCAGAGGUGGAGAACGGAUGGGGUGACGUGAGAUGGUCUGCAGAGUACCCAUCAGAGAGCGAGGAGCCCCCCAACAGAGGCCAGGCUCGCCCAGAGUUGCAGAACCUGCUGGAGACUGAAGAGCCGUCCACCAGUCAGGAAGAGGAAGUUUUUCUGGAGAUGGUUCCUGGGAGCAGAGAGCUAGACUACCUGAGACCUGAGUGGAGCCAGUGGAGUGACUUGGUACAGGACUGGAAUGACCUGUCUUUACCUCAGGAUCCUCAGCCGACGCAGGAUCCUGCUUUCCAGAAAGUGUUACAGGUGAGCUCUCAGACCUGGGAUGUUAAUGGGCUGUUCCAGCCAACACCAGAGUUUAGUUCUGUCGAGUCUGGUAUGGCCGAGGUGGUCUUUAAUCCUCUCCAAGCAGAAGCUGCCUCAGUGAUGCUCCGGGGAGUCACAAACAUGGAUGCGGCCACACCGGUCACCCAUAUUCUAGCAAACAGGGAUACAGCUGUGAAUACGGGUCUUCAGAGGCUUAGCAACUCCAGUGCAGACAGCUUGCCCACUCCUCAAGGAAGGGGCUCCUGUGUGGGCAAUACAGAAGAUGGGCAGUUAGCAGUCGCUACCCUACGGCCUGGCCGGGUUCCAUUUGGGUGCCAACAAUGCAACAAGAGUUUUCGUUACAAGUCUCACUUUAUCAUCCACCAGAGGACCCACACAGGAGAGAGACCCUUUCGGUGCCACUUGUGCGAAAAGGGAUUUCUGCAGUCCUCAGACCUCCGAGUUCACCAGCGCAUCCACACGGGUGAAAAGCCUUAUUGGUGUAGCAUCUGCAACAAGGUGUUUACCCAUGAGUCAUCCCUGCUGGAUCACAUCAGGACCCACACGAAGGAGAUGUCGUAUGUGUGUGAGAGCUGUGGAAAACGCUUCAACCACAAGGGCAACCUCAAGGUCCAUAUGGACAUCCACAGCGACGCAAGACCUUACAAGUGCAUGGAAUGCAACGCGGCCUUUCGACAGAAGGGGACGCUGAUGCGGCACGUGAAAACCCACUCGAAAGAGGUGCCCUCUCGGGAGGCAGAGGUUGACUCAGACCAGUACGUGCCUGUCAAAUUACCUGGCGUGAGUGAGAAGGAAACACGAACACGCAACAAAUCUGCUUAG